GUUUAUGUAGCCCAGUGUCCGUGUAUGUAACCGCAGCAAGGACUCUGCAAUGUGAUUUCCUGACAUUGAUUUGUUUUCAUAUCGCCUCUUCUGCUGUCUUAAACCACGUUAUGCACCAGCCUCUGACAUGGGGGACCACUAGCAGGUGAAACACGGAAGAAACCGAGGAAAAAGCCGGGAUGGCGGGCGCCUUUGGGUUCAAAGGCUGCCAGAAAAUUCGAGGUCCGCAGAUCCGGAGUCUGCUGGAGGCGAAGGACUUCUUCCUCUUCGACUGCGACGGGGUCAUAUGGCACGGAGAGAAGGCGAUCACGGGCGCGGCGAAGGUGGUGAACGCGCUGAUCCGGCAGGGCAAAAACGUAGUGUUCGUCACCAACAACUGCACCAGGCCGCGGGAGAAUUACGUGCACAAGUUCUGCCGGCUGGGCUUCACCGACGUGAUGCUGGAGCAGAUCUUCAGCUCGUCCUACUGCUCGGCGCUCUACCUGAGAGACGUGGUCAAGGUCCGCGGCCAGGUGUUCGUCAUCGGCUGCGACGGGCUACGCAGAGAGCUGCUGGAGGCGGGCAUCCCCUGCGUGGAGGAGGCGGACGACCCGGACGCCACCAUCUACAACUGCGCCCUGGCUCCGGACGUGAAGGCGGUGCUGGUGGGACACGACGACAAACUGACUUUUCUGAAACUGGCCAAAGCUUCGUGCUACCUGCGGGACCCGGACUGUCUGUUCCUGGCCACCGACAACGACCCCUGGCACCCGCUGUCAGGAGGAAGGAUACUGCCAGGUUCUGGGUCCCUCACUGCAGCCCUGGAGGUGGCUUCGGGUCGCAAGGCCACUGUGAUCGGCAAACCCAGCCGCUUCAUGUUCGAGUGCAUCUCCAGUCAGUUCCGGGGGGUGGAUCCCGCCCAGUGCCUGAUGGUCGGGGACCGCCUGGAGGUCGACAUGCUGUUCGGGUCCAACUGCGGCCUCGACACCAUGCUCACCCUCACCGGCGUCUCCCAGAUCGAGGAGGCGCAGGAGUACAGGAAUAGUGACCUGAGCACCAACCACAGCUUGGUGCCCGACUACGUGGUGGACACCAUCGCUGAUUUCUUACCCGCUUUUGAAGAACUGGAAGAACAGAGCAAUUGACGAGUCCGUUCCGCCUCCUGUACGGAGCACAGAUUGCUUCUACUACAUCAAGUGCAAUGUUGAGUCUGGCGAUUGCAAAAAAAUAAAAUAAAAAGGCCACUAUUAACAAAUGUUCCUGAAUAACAAGGCGCUGUUUAUGUUGUGACCAAGACGCGUGUAAGACAAAAAUUCUUCACCAAACUAAUCAGAGUAAUCCAGUGUAUACCUCAGUGUUUCUUCUAGUGUUGUGCUCAUUUGUGACUUGACGGUUCCUUGUUGGUGUGUUUCUAUUAAUAUAUGAAUAUACUGCACUUUCUUGCUCAUGACGUUCACAGAUCGUGUUUGAUAUUGGGUUUUGAACAUCCAGAGGUAUUUUUGUAAAGCCAUGAAUUGUCCUGAAUUCAUGCGUUUGGGAGCAAGAGGAGAAAACAGACCCUCGAACGGUGUGAGCUUUUCUCAGAUACGAUAGAGACGAAGCUGACAAUCGGCCAGUCAGACAGGUGAAGUGUACAUAUUUACCUUUGGCCUUUCUGUCAUGUCUGUGCUACUUGUGCCAAUAUUCAUCUGAGUAAUAAACGGCUUACUGAAGCGCAUAGUUAGAUAACUAGUAACCCAUUAAUGGUGGCUGGUCAUACUGCACUGUUGUGAAAUUUCAAUGUUGUUAAUGUUUACCAUACAAGCAUGCCAGCAACGGUAUCUACAAUAAAUACCUGAAAAUAUUC